AUGGUUAGUUCAGUUUGGAUCCCAGAAAUCGAAGGAAACAUUACGAAAGUCGGCAGUGAUUAUGACAGUUUUGUCCAAUGGCUUUAUCCGUAUACAGAACGUGUUACAAAAUUAAAUCCAAUCCAGCCGCCACCGAUGCAUAGUGUCAAAAGGAUAUUGAUAUUUAUGGAUGGAAGGUGUGAAAAACGGCAAUUAUUUACAGUCCAACAUACCUAUUAUUUACUUGAUUCACUUCGUCCACAGUCUGAAAAAACAUGGGGAGUGUUCAUUAUUCACACACCUCAAUGUGAACAUUUUUGGAUAGAAAAUUUGAAAGUUUAUCCACAAGGAUCCGGCCAUCAUAUUCGGUUAUUUCAACUAUCAGAAAUUGUACGUAACACUGCAAACUAUUUGCCUGUUUCUUCUGUAUUUUUGUCAGAUAUUCUUCCGUCGAAUGUUCAGGAGUAUUUGUAUGUUCAAGCUGAUGGAACAAUGUUGCGUUCACCAUAUUUACCAUCGAUGAUUGAUGGAUAUACAAACGGAACUCUGUUUGAAGAAUUAUUGUCCAAGUAUCCAAUACUUGGAGCUCCUCUGCCAGAAUUUCAAGCUCGUCAUAUGGGCCAGAACUUUAUGCCAAUUUUUAAGUUCUUAACCAACGGCGGUAUGACAUUUCGUAAACGAUCAGUGAUGAUGGAUCUUAUCAGUAAGAUAAAAUGUGACUCCAACGGGAAACAACAAGAUCAUUGUUAUCGAACUGAUUUAUUUUUGACUCAUGAUCAUUCGUAUUCCAGUGAAGAUUGGUUUAUUGCCUUACAAAUCAGUCAACGUGAAUAUUAUCGUCGACAGUUUCCUUCGCAAAUUAUGCUCGCUCAGUUUGCAAUUGAACAUGGAGAUCCUUUAUUUCUUCCACAAGCACAAUCAGACACUCAGUAUAACUUUCAGAAUCGAACCCUACCUUUUUUUUUACAUCAAUUAUGGGGAAAAAGAAAAUAUUGGAUGCCACUUUUAGCACAAGUCGG